AUGAUCUUGUAUCUUCUUCUUCUUCUCCUCACAGACAUCCUGCUACCUGCUGCCCACGCGGCCAGCAUUCCCUCCUCGUCAAGCAUUUCCAACAUUCCCAGCUUCGUCAACCUGACCUCAGCCCGGGAAGUCAGCCAGUCUACCAAUCGAUCUACCAUCGAAGGCGACUCUUGGGAAUGGUACUGCACUCCGAUUCAGCGAUGGAAUCAACCUCCCAUGGAGAAGGAGGACUGCCGGGGGGUGCUUGACUACUUUUACUACGAGACGAUGAUGGAUGGCGGCAGAGGAUCCAUGGAAUUCUUGUCGCCGGGCGCGAAAAAGACCGAGCACGCGAAGGGGCAGAUGACGCCUCGGAAAUAUACAUUCGGCACAUGCACGUUGGCUUUGAUCAUAGUUCGAGACUUCCCCAUCCCUGAUAUGCUGCCGGGAGGCUACAAGACCGGGCCACCGACGGAAGCGACCACCUACCUCAACCUGAACCGGGUGGCGGCGAGCCUCGUCGAGAGCUGUGUGAUCCGGAAGGGGGAGGCGGGGUGGCAGCCAACGGGCCAGGACGACGGCCUCGGGGUGUUCGUCUGGUCCACGGAUUCUCAGGAGGACAAGGAGAUUGAAGAUGAGGAGGAGCGGUUUGUGCUUCCGAAGUUGAGAAUAUCUAGCAACGACUCUGCGGCGACUUCGUAA